AUGCCGAAGGUCGAUCGCGGCGAAGUCGUCGCAUGCCCGCCUGUGCGACUGCUAACGGGCGACGAGCUCGGGCUACUCAAAGUGGUUUCUCUCGGGCAGAAUAAAGGCGCCGCAGCAGAACCCGCAGGGCCCCGAACCGGCGCGUCCGGUUCGGCGCAGUCCGAGGUGGUUAGUUUGGAUGGUGCAUGUUGCUCGCUCUCCCUCAUUCCCCACCGGCCCAAUGAUGCUGCCACGCCAAGAGGUGACGCCACAGAUGAAGGCACAGCCGAUCCAGGGGAAGAGGGGGAGCAAGGAGAGCAGGAAGAGCAGGGGGGGAGACAGGUGUGGAUGCUUGUGUCUGUGUCACACAACGGGCUGGUGUGCGUGCGAGAGGUGGCGCUGGUGCCUAGGGGGGAAAGUGGUGGGGCUGAGAGGGUGGGGGAGGGAGAGAGGGGGAACGGGAGGGACGAGGAGUUGGAGGAGGGGGAGGAGUUGGAGGAAGGGGAGGAGGUGAGUGAGGGCGAGGAGGAGGGAGGAGGAGAAGAGGGGGAAAAGGGGAGGGAAGAGGGUACAGAGUGGGUGGCAGAGCAUCGGCUGGUGCGGCGGUUUGUGGCGAUUGCACCGCGCAAGCCGUCAAAAAAGAAGAGGAAGCGGCAAGGCAGCGCUGAGAAUGACUUGGGCGGCGACAAGGAAGCGGACCUGACAGUGUGGGACCUUCAAACGGGUUCACUCAAGUGGGAGGCCAAGCUGCCGCUACCAAGCCCGUACGGUGUGGUGGCACCAAAGCACGUGACAGCGGUGUGCCACGUCAGCGCAUGCCACCCGGCGCGCCUCGUCACCGCCUGUCUGGACAACUCCCUUCGCGUCUUUGACCUGCUCUUGCAGCCGCGCCCUCUCAGAGUUGUUUCUCUGGGCACUGUGCCGAUUCGAUCCCUUGCUGCUGUGUGGAGCAAGGGUGGUGGGGAGGAAUGCAGUGCGGUGACGGUCGGGACGGGCAUGGGAGAAAUGAAGCUGGUCGACCUGACACACGGUCGCAUCGCUGGAGCGUUCAAGGGCGAGUGUGCGGGCUCCAUUCGUUCCCUCGCCAUGCACCCAUCGCUGCCUCUUGUAGCCUCAUGCGGUCUCGAUCGUUAUGUGCGCAUACACCAUCUGCACACGCGCCGCCUCGUUGCCAAGGUGUUUCUGAAGCAGCCACUCAACUUCCUCUGCUUCCUGCCAGAAGGGGUGGCACCUGAAACUGCCGCAUCAGGGCCUCCAAGCUCCAAGCGCAAGCUCACAGGUGUGACUGUAGCGGGUGGUGGCACAACAGAGGCAGAAGAGACACCGACAGAGGCAAAAAGAGCAACCGCAAGUGAAAAGUCUGAGCCCACACCGGGACAGGGUGGGAAAAGCAAGGCUGCGGCAGAGGGGGGAUCUGGAAAGGCGGCAAGUGAGGCUGGGAGGAAGGUGGUGAGUGGUGCUGGUGGUAGCAAGCGCAGAAAGCAGGCAGCUUGA